GUCCUGGGCAGCUGCCUGCACACUUCCCAUGGGGGUGACACCUUCUGGGAUGGCCCCUUAUUUCACAAUGUAAUUACCGACUCCUGAGUCCAUAAAGAAUACGAGCACAGGACUACAUGCUGAAGAAUUAUUCUAGUGCCACUGAAUUUUAUCUUCUUGGCUUCCAUGGCUCCAAAGAACUACACAGUAUUCUUUUUGCCACAUUCUUCUUUCUCUACUCCGUGACAAUCAUGGGGAACAUGGUCAUCAUUGUGAUUGUCUGUGCUGAUAAACGUUUGCAGUCCCCCAUGUAUUUCUUCCUUGGCCACCUCUCUGUCCUAGAGAUCCUGAUUACAUCCAUUGCUGUCCCUGUGAUGCUCUGGGGGCUGCUACUUCCUGGGAUGCAGACAAUAUCUUUGACAGCAUGUAGUGCACAAUUAUAUUUGUACCUUUCUUUGGGUACAUCAGAGUUAGUAUUAAUUGGAGCAAUGGCUGUGGACCGUUAUGUGGCUGUCUGUAACCCUUUGAGGUACAACAUCAUCAUGAACAGCAACACCUGCAACGGGGUGGUCAUUGUGUCAUGGGUGUUUGGGUUCUUGUUUCAAAUCUGGCCAGUCUACGCCACGUUUCAGCUUACCUUCUGCAAAUCGAAUGUGGUAGACCAUUUUUUAUGUGACCGAGGGCAACUGCUCAAACUAUCCUGUGAUGAUAGCCUUUUCACAGAGUUUAUCCUUUUUUUAAUGGCUGUUUUCAUUAUUGUUGGCUCUUUGAUCCCUACAAUCAUCUCCUACACCUACAUCAUCUCCACCAUCGUCAAGAUCCCCUCAGCCUCUGGCCGGAGGAAAGCCUUCUCUACUUGUGCCUCUCACUUCACCUUUGUUGUGAUCGGCUAUGGUACCUGCUUGUUCCUCUAUGUGAAACCCAAGCAAACGCAGGCAGCUGAGUACAAUAGGGUAGCAUCACUGAUGGUUUUAGUGGUGACCCCUUUCCUGAACCCAUUCAUCUUCACCCUCCGGAAUGACAAAUUCAUAGAGGCCUUUCAAGAUGUCGUGAAACGGUGCUGUCAACUCCUCAAGGAUUAGCUAUGUCCUAAGGACAAUCAUGAACUCCUCAUGAUGGGCAUGAGGAAUCUCAAAACACUAA